AUGGCCACUGAAAAAGUCGAAGACAGUAUAGGAGUUGAUCCUUCUAAGUUGAACCCUUUAUCACCGGAAGUGAUUUCGAGACAAGCUACAAUUAACAUAGGCACUAUUGGACAUGUGGCGCAUGGGAAAUCUACGGUAGUCAAAGCAAUAUCCGGGGUUCAAACCGUUCGCUUCAAAAAUGAACUUGAACGUAAUAUCACCAUUAAGUUGGGUUAUGCAAAUGCUAAGAUAUACAAAUGUGAAAACGCGGAUUGUCCAAGACCUGGAUGUUACAAAUCGUAUCGUAGCGAUAAAGAGGAUAAUCCACCUUGUGAGAGAGCUGGUUGUGGUGGGAGGAUGAAGUUGCAAAGGCAUGUUUCGUUUGUAGAUUGUCCUGGACAUGACAUUCUUAUGGCCACCAUGUUGAACG